AUGUUUCAAUUCUCCCUCCGUGAUAAAGCAAAACAUUGGUUGAGAACGGUCGAAGAGGGAUCAUUGAGUACAUGGGACGAAGUUACUAGAGCCUUUCUUGGAAAGUAUUGUCCUCCGGAAAAGACCGCCGAAUUGAGAAGAAAGAUCACCAAUUUCAAUCAAGACAUUGAUGAAACAUUGAGUGAAGCUUGGGAGCGUUUCAAAGAUUACACAAGGAAAUGCCCCCACCAUGGUUUUACAUCAUGGAUCAUUGUACAAAGCUUCUAUGACGGUCUUACUCCUAUUUCAAGGGCCAACCUUGAUUCCGGGGCCGGUGGUAGCCUCAAAAAGCUAUCGGUGGAUGAUGCAUACAAGAUGAUUGAAGAAGUGGCCAAGCAUUAUGCAUAUGGAGGUGAUAAAAGGCAACCUCAAACAAAGAAGGGCGGAAUUCAUGAUCUUAGUGCAAUAGAUCUUAUUGCAUCAAAGUUUGAUAUGCUAGCUCACAAGAUAGAUCAAGCCACCCUCACACCCUCAAGCUCUUCCUCACAAGUCAUGUCUUGUGAGACUUGUGGAGGAAAUGAUCACUUGUCCUCUUAUUGCAACUCAACGAAUCAAGAGCAAGCGGCGGCAAUUGGGCAAAGGAAUGAACAAUACUCCCAAUCCCACAAUCAAAGUUGGAAGCCCCAACAAAACACGGGAUGGAAGCAAUACAACCAAGGCCCCCCACAAAAUAACUACAACCAAAAUCAAACCCAACCUCAAAACCACUACAACCAACCUCAUUCUCAAAACCAACAAGCUCCAUAUCGCCAUCCCAACCAAAGGGAUCAAAACCACCAAAGAUCACAAUAUAACCAACCCGCUCCUCCUCCUCCACCUCCUCAAAAGACUAGCCUUGAGUCCGUUCUUGAAACUUUCAUGACUCAACAAAUAAGGAACAAUGCGGAUAUGAAUGCAAACAUCCAACAACUCCAAGCACAUAAUAAGAUAAUGGAGAGCCAAUUGGCUCAAAUUGCACAACAAGUUGGAAGUUCAUCCUCCAAUCCUAGUGGUCACUUUCCAAGCUCAAUCGUAGUGAACCCAAAGGAGCAAGCUAAGGCUAUCACUUUGAGAUCGGGAAGGGGUUAUGAGGGCCCGGUUAUGAGUGAAGAGGAGCCACAAAAGAGAGAUAAGGGAGUUGUGGUGAGAAGUGAGGAUGAUUUUGAAAAUGAAGUAGUUGAAGUUGAGAGAAAAGAGCAAAAGAGUGAUGAGGGAGCCACAAAGAAAGAUGAGGGAGAUGAAGAAAGAAUAGAAAAGCCCCCUAUGAGAGUAUAUAAGCCCCCCAUUCCGUUUCCUCAUAGAAUUGUAGAGAAGAAGUUGAAUGAGAAGUUUUCAAAAUUUCUUGAAGUCAUGAGAGGACUUCAAGUGAACAUCCCCUUUCUUCAUGCUAUGUCACAAAUGCCUACCUAUGCAAAAUUUUUGAUGGAUCUUCUAUCAAACAAGAGUAGGCUUGAAGAGAGUGCAACCAUCUCCCUUCCUAAGGAGGUGAUUGCAAUCAUUCAAAACAAGCUUCCCCAAAAGCUUGGUGACCCUGGUAGCUAUGCAAUACCGGUGAAGAUUGGAGAUUUGGAAGCUAUGGAUGCUUUAUGUGAUCUUGGGGAAAGUGUGAGCUUGAUGCCCUAUUCUAUUGCAAAGACCUUGAAAGUUGGAGACUUGAAACCAACAAGAAUGUCCUUACAACUAGCCGACCGCACGGUUAGGCUACCUUUGGGGAUUCUUGAAGAUGUGCCGAUUCAAGUUGGAAGAGUAUUUGUGCCAUGUGAUUUUGUAGUAAUGGAGAUGGAAGAAGAUUCAAGAGUACCCCUCAUUUUGGGGAGACCAUUUUUGAACACCGCGGGAGUGGUGAUUGAUAUGAAGGAAGGAAGAUUGAAUUUGAAUGUGGGAGAUGAGAAAAUUUCAUUUUCAUUCUCACAAACUUUGAAAAAGCCAUUGAUUGAUGAAGUUCAUAGAAUUGACACAUUGGAGAGGGACUUAGAAGAGUUCCGAGAAAGAUUGUAUGAAAGAGAUCCUUUACAAGCUACCUUAACGGGAAGCUUAGUUGAGGAGGGUGAAGAAGAAAAGGGGUAUGAUCUCUUGCUCAACCAACCUUUGGCCCACGAGGAGAUGAAAUUUGAAGUGCUUAACAUGGAGGCAAAAGAGGAGAGGACUACGCCUCCUCCUAAGCUCGAUGACACCUCUCUUGAGAAACUCCUAGUUGUUUUAAAGAAGUAUAGAGAUGUCAUUGGGUACAAAAUUGAUGACAUUAAGGGGAUAAGUCCCACCAUAUGCAUGCAUAAAAUUCUACUUGAUGAUGAUCAUGCUUCCUCGAUUAACCACGAGGAGGGAAUUGUUCUUGGUCAUGUGAUUUCUAGUAGGGGCAUUGAGGUAGAUCGUGCCAAGAUUGAAGUAAUUGAGCGCCUCCCACCCCCUACAAAUGUGAAGGGGAUAAGGAGCUUUCUUGGACAUGCGGGCUUUUACCGUCGGUUCAUUAAGGAUUUUUCUAAAAUCGCAAAGCCGCUCACUCAAUUGUUGGUAAAAGAUUCCCCUUUUGUGUUUACUAAUGAUUGUUUGCUAGCAUUUGAUAGGUUGAAGGAGGCCUUGAUUUCGGCUCCUAUAAUUCAACCCCCUAAUUGGGAGCUUCCUUUCGAGCUUAUGUGUGAUGCUUCGGAUUUCGCCGUUGGGUCCGUUCUUGGACAAAGGAAGGACAAGAAGCUCCAUGAUAUCUAUUAUACUAGCAAAACAUUGGAUGAGGCACAAAGGAAUUACACAACCACGGAAAAGGAGUUUCUAGCCAUUAUUCAUGCAAUUGAGAAAUUUAGGUCCUACUUGUUGGGCUCUAAGGUCAUAGUCUUCACCGACCAUGCGGCCUUGAAGUACCUCUUGUCUAAGAAAGAACCUAAGCCAAGAUUGAUACGGUGGGUCUUGCUCUUGCAAGAUUAUGAUAUUGAGAUUAGAGACAAGAAAGGUGCCGAAAAUGUUGUGGCCGAUCAUCUUUCACGGUUGCCUAUCUUUGUAGGUGAUCUUGAUAACUUGCCAAUUGAUGAUUCAUUUCCGGAUGAUCAACUUUUUGUUAUCCUUCGAGCACCGGCACCAUGGUUUGCGGACAUUGCAAACUACUUGUCUUGCUCUAUUCUUCCUCCCGACCUCACCUAUCAACAAAAAAGGAAGUUUCUUCAUGAUGUUCGCCAAUACUUUUGGGACGACCCCUUGCUCUUUAAACAAGGUGUUGAUGGCCUUUUUAGAAGGUGUGUCCCGGAUGAUGAAAUUGAAAGUGUUAUCACAAUGUGUCACUCCUCACCUUGUGGAGGACAUAUGAGUGCUAACAAAACUUUGGCAAAGAUCUUACAAUGUGGUUUUUAUUGGCCUUCAAUGUUCAAAGAUGUGUGGGGUGUAGUGAAAGCUUGUGACCGGUGUCAAAGAACCGGCAAUAUUUCAAGAAGAAGUGAAAUGCCAUUGAACAACAUUCUUGAGUUGGAGAUUUUUGAUGUAUGGGGCAUAGAUUUUAUGGGGCCUUUCCCAACCUCUUUUGGGAAUAAAUUCAUUCUUGUGGCCAUCGAUUACGUGUCAAAGUGGGUAGAAGCGGUUGCAUCUCCUACUAAUGAUGCUAAGGUGGUGGUCAAACUCUUCAAGAAGGUCAUUUUUCCGAGGUUUGGGGUGCCACGUGCCGUCAUUAGUGACGGAGGCUCGCAUUUUGCAAAGCGGUCCUUCCAAGCUCUUCUUGAGAAGUACGGUGUGAGGCACAAGGUGUCAUUGGCUUACCACCCCCAAACAAGUGGUCAAGCCGAAAUUUCAAACCGGGAGAUAAAGGUGAUCUUAGAGAAGACGGUGGAUAGGUCUAGAAAGGAUUGGUCUACGAAGCUAGAUGAUGCUCUAUGGGCCUACCGCACCGCAUUCAAGACUCCCAUUGGCACCACCCCUUACAAGCUAGUAUACGGGAAAUCAUGCCAUUUACCGGUAGAACUUGAGCAUCGUGCUCAUUGGGCUAUUAAAACGUUGAACUUUGACCUUCAAAGUGCCGGUGAAAAGAGGUUACUUGACCUCCAUGCCUUGGAAGAGCUAAGAUUGGAUGCAUAUGAGAAUGCACGGAACUACAAGAAAAAGACCAAGGCUUGGCAUGACAAGCAUAUCAACAAAAGGGAGUUCAAGGAAGGUGACAAGGUCCUACUAUUCAAUUCCCGGUUGAAGUUGUUUCCGGGUAAGCUAAAAUCAAGAUGGAGUGGACCUUUUACCGUCAAGAAGGUGUUCCCAUAUGGUGCAAUCGAAAUUUCCAAAGAGAAUGGUGAGCCGUUCAAAGUAAAUGGCCAAAGGCUAAAAGCGUACUUUGACGGUUUCGUGAAUGAAGAGGCAAAAGUUGUUCACCUUGAUGAUUUCGAUAUUCCUCACUAA